CAUGUCCCAGGCGCUCCCUGCGUCGCUCUCCCGCCACCCCUUGGAUUGGGGGAGGGGCCCCUUGUGCCCAGGCUGCGCUGCCCCCCCUCCCCCUGUGGCCCAGCCCCUCCCGCCCGGGGCUGCAGCCGAGAGACCUUCCCGGCGCCGCCGAGUCAAGGGCGGACGCCGCGAUCCGGCCCUGGAGCGCCCCAUGGAGCCCCUCCAGCAGUGGGGUGAAGAGGUGGAAGACGGGGCCAUCUACAGCGUCACCCUGCAGCGGGUGAGGGCGGACCCUGCGGCCAACGGGGGACCCUGCCCUCUGGCUGGAGUUGGCCCCCCCUGCCCCUUCGUCCAGUACCGCACCUGCAAGCUGCGCCGGCUGCGUGCCGGGACCUUGCCCCAGCUGGUGAGAGGCCUGGUCUCCGCCCAUGCAGAGGGCGACCCUGGCUACCUCCCCAGCUUCCUGGCCACCUACCGCGCCUUCGCCACUCCCGGCCGCGUGCUGGAGCUGCUGCUGCCAUUGGGCCGCGACAGGGCUGUGCUGCAGGUGCUGGAGCUCUGGCUGCGUGAUCACCCCGAGGAUUUCCGGGAGCCCCCCCAGCACCCCAGCCUGCGCCAGCUCCAUGGCUACCUGCGCCAGGCAGCCCCGGGCUCGGAGGGGUGUGCGCGGGCCAAAGGGCUACUGCAGGGCUUCCAGGAGGAGCCAGGAGAUGAACAGGUGGAGCCUGAGGGCUGUGACUCCCCUGGGGCUGGUCCGCUGGCGCUGGGGGGCAAGGGGGGGCCAGAGGGCUGCGGGGAGCCCCCUGAUCUCCUGUCGUUCAGUGUGGAGGAGGUGGCCGAGCAGAUCACGCUAAUGGACAUAGAGCUGUUCAUGCAGGUGAGGCCCUUCCACUGCCUGGGCUGUGUGUGGUCGCAGCGGGACCGCAAGGCCGGCGAGGGGGCCGCGCCCAGCGUCCGCGCCACCGUGGCCCAGUUCAACGCUGUCACCGGCUGCGUCGUCGCCUCGGUUCUGGGUGACGUGCAGCUCCGUGCGCCGCAGAGAGCCCGGCUGCUGGAGAAGUGGGUCGCCAUCGCCCAGCACUGCUACUUUCUGCGUAACUUCUCCUCCCUGCGAGCCGUGAUCUCCGCCCUGCAGUCCAGCCCCGUGCACCGGCUCAAGAGGACCUGGGCUGCUGUCAGCCGGGACACCAUGGGCGUCUUCCGGAAGCUCUCGCAGAUCUUCUCCGAUGACAAGAACCACCUGAGCUGCCGGGAAAUCCUGCUGCAGGCGCCCCCCCCGGCCACGGUCCCGUACCUCGGCACCUUCUUGACGGAUCUGGUGAUGCUGGACACGGCGCUGCCGGAUUUCCUGGAGGGUGGGCUCAUCAACUUUGAAAAGAGGAGGAAGGAGGCAGAGAUCCUGCUGCGGAUCCGGCAGCUGCAGGCGUCGUGUGGGGGCUACGCCCUGCGCCCCAGCCCCCCCGUGCUGGCCACCUUUCAGCACCACGCCCGGCUCUCCGAGGAGCAGAGCUACCGGGUCUCCCGGCUCAUCGAGCCCCCAGCCAACUCCUGCCCCAGCUCACCCCGCGUGAAACGCAGCCUCAGCAAACGCUUCAGCUCGCUCCUGCUGGGGUCCGAGGCCCUGCCCCCCCGGCUGCCCUCUGCAAAGGGCAGCAUCUCGCCCUCGGGCACCGGCAGCAGCUGCGAAGCCGAUGAGGGAUCCAGUGCCCCCUGCUCCCCAGAGAUGGGGGGGCCCCUCUGCAAGAGCCUGCUGGAGCUGCCAUUGAGCACCUGCCCCCCCGAGGAGCCGUCCUCCCCCCUUGCCCGCCGCCCCUGCUCGCCCCUCUACAACCAGCAGGGGGCGGACUCGUGCGUCGUGCGGGUCAGCAUGGAGAACGCCCACGGCAACCUCUACAAGAGCAUCCUGCUGACCAGCCAGGACAAGACCCCAGCCGUGGUGCUGCGCGCCCUUCAGAAACACAGCCUGGAAGGGACCCCGCCCGGAGACUUCCAGCUCCUGCAGCUGCUGGGGGGCGGCCGAGAGCUGCUGAUCCCCGACGGGGCCAACGCCUUCUACGCCAUGAAUCCAGCCGCCGACUUCAACUUCGUCCUGCGCCGGAAGGGCCCCCCCAGCCCCCGCCUGCCCCCACCCAGCCCUGCCCACAGAGCCCCCACUCCCCUCCCCCACAGCCCUGCCCUAACCACGGAGCCCCCGCUCCCCUCCCCCCUAGAGCCCAUUUUACCCCAUGCACCCCGCAGCCCGGCCACCCCCCCCCACGCUCCCUCCUCUCCUCGCUCCCAGCCCCCAGCCCCCCCCAUCCUAGCGCCUCCCCCUGGCAGCCUCCCCCCUGAUCUCCACCGCCAGAGCCCCCUGCUUCGUUCCCCAGCUCCCCUGCCCCCCGACUGGCUGCACAUCCAGCUCCUCCCUGCGCCCCCUGUUGGCCCCUCCCCAGGCUGCUGUGCACAGGGCCCCCCAUUGUCUUGACCCAUAAGGGUCACCAAGACUCUGGGGAUCUAUACUAUCCCUCCCCCCGCCCACCACGCCAGCAGGGAAAGGGUGACAGGGAAACAACCCUCAGCUGGGAUCUCCCAAAUCCCCCCUCAGUCAGUCCCUGGGUAUGGGCACCCCCCAGCCUGCCCCCCGUCCCGCCUGGCAGCCGGGAGCGCCGAGCAUGCCGUGGGGCACCGGAGACGCGAGGAUCGGCUGUGCUGAGGGCCGGGCUUCCCCCGGCUGCCCUGCUCCUGGGAAGAGGGGUUUGGGGGGCAGGCGAUCCACGGGGACCUGGAUGGGGCCAGCGCUCCUGGGAGAGGUCCCCGCCAAGGGGUGGGGUCUGUGCUGGGGGUUCCCCCCUCUCGCUGCUCCCCAGCAACCAGCCGAGGGGGGGCUCUGAAUCCUGGAUGUUCUGGCCCCCGCGGGCCCUUCUUCCAAUAAACCCCCCUGAGUAGA